CCUCGGUGGCUGCGCCCCAUUGGCGGGGAGGGGCGCGCAGCUAUGGCGACGGGCGGCGGCGGAGCUGCGGCUCCCGCUGCGAGCGGGGGCGGCGGGCGGCGGGCACCGGGGCUGAUCUCGUCUGAAAGCAAGAGGCUAAGCAAGGUGGCAGAUGCGGUGGAGAAAAGGGGACCGUACCUCAUGAGCAAGCCCCCCUCCAUUCACGCCAAGCUCCAGAGGCAGCGCCAGCUGGCGAAGGCAGCGCUCCGCAGGCAGGGGCUGCUGCAGGCACCUGCGCCCCAACACCCGAAGCUGCAAGCUAAAAGGUUGGUGAAGUUUCACAAAGGCUACACGCCGCUCAGCCAGACGGCAGAUGAAAACCUGGUCUCCCUUGAUUCAGACAGUGACGGGGAGCUGGGAUCCCGCUGUUCCUCGGGCUACUCCUCUGCCGAGGUGAACCAGGACCUGAGCCGGCAGCUGCUGCAGGAUGGGUACCACCUUGACGAGGUCCCAGAUGAUGAAGAUCUAGAUCUCAUCCCCCCAAAACCCGUUUCCUCCUCCUAUUGCCCCUGUUGUUUUGGAGACUCUCUCUCCUGCGUGAUCCAGUAGACACCGCUCGGCUGGAGCCGUGCAAGAACAGGUCAAAAGCCAGCACUGGGAUGGCUGUCGGUGUCUGUAUCCCACCCUGGGAUGGUGGCACAAAGACUGAAUGAUGCUGCAAUGCCACUGGUGGUGAGCAGCAGCGGCCAACCAGCUCCAAAGGACUUUUCUUUACUGUCAGCAAUAUCAGGGAGAGGUGGCACAGUGACAUUUAGGUGGCCAGGGUGGGGAGGGAGGAGAGGCAGAGCCCUGUCACCUCCAUGGGGGUGUAAAGGGAAGGAAUCAGGAGGCACAGCAGCAGAUGCCCUCUGUUUUCCCUGCCCUCCUUUUUUCCUCCUUUCAUCAGCCACGUUGGGGAUUAGGAUUUGGCUCUGGACACAACUCGCCCUCCCUAACGAUGAGGUGGGGUAGAGCCGGGAAGCCCCAAGACCCCUUUUCUAUUUAUUUCAGCUUUAGUGCCCGCUCCUCCCUGGCUGAAGCCAAGCUGCAAGGCUGGGCUGGGCUGCCAGAGCAUUGCUUUAUUUAUCUGUCUCGUACUGCUUGCAAUUAAUUGCUGCUGUGUUCCCUCCUCCCAAAGCCAGGGCUGACCUGAACCAAAGAUGCUGCUCCGGGAAAGCAGAUAAGAUGGGGAGAAACCAAACAGAGCUGCUGAGCUUUUAGCGCCUGUGUUUAUUACAUCCACCAGCAGCUGCCGCUCGGGUGGGACCUCUGCACUUUCUGUCUCUCCAGGGGCUCAUUAAGUUCUCGCUUUGGAACUAACAGUGCCCAGUGCUCCCCAGAGCUGCUCUGAUGCAGGCAAGGGGCAGCCCAGCCUCCCCGUGCCAGCGCUGCUCAGCUCCUUAGGGUGUGGAUUUGGGAGUCUUACCUGCUGUGAACCUUAAAAGCUGCCUUAA